AUGACAUCAUCAACAGAUAUUGUCAUUAUCGGCGCCGGUCCGACUGGCCUCAUGUUGGCUUGUCAACUUUCGCUCUAUCCAAAUAUAGUCUUCCGUAUCAUUGAUAGAAAUGCCGGUUGUACAACGCAAUCACGUGCACUAGUUAUUCAUGCUCGUUCGCUGGAGCUAUUAGCUCAACUGAAGCUCGUUGAUAAGGCUCUAGCUCAGGGAACGUUUGUCGAUGCUAUGAAAGGAUAUUUCCAAGGUAAAUGUGCUAUCAAAGUAGAUUUAACACAAGUGCGUACGAAACAACAGCCGCUGAAUACACGUUAUCCUUACGUACUUUUUCUUGAACAAUCAACAACUGAACAGUUGUUAGAAUCCUAUUUGCAUGAACACGGUAUUCAAGUUGAACGAAAUAUUGAAGUAAUUGAUAUAAAAGAUUUCGGUGAUGCAGGUGCUGAAGUAACAUUAUCGAAUGGUGAAAUUCUUCGACCGAGAUAUAUCUGUGCAUGUGACGGCGCACGAAGUAUUGUUCGACAUAAGUUGAAUUUAUCAUUCAGUGGACGAACAUAUUCCGAAUCGUUGUUUGUGGCCGAUUGUGAAGUGGACAGAUCACCGUGUAGCACGAAGGAAAUGAUGCUUUUCUGCGAGUCGACAGGUCUGUCCGGAAUAUUUCCAAUUCGUGACAAUCGAUUCCGAUUAAUUGGUACAAUCCACGAAGGCAAUCAGGACGACAUUCAUCUUUCGAUAAACGAUGUACAAAAGAUAGUACAUACUCGAACGCGACGUUCAGAUAUCAACAUCUCAAACUGCAGUUGGAUAUCAGUCUAUCAUUCUCAUCAUCGGCAUAUUACAACAUUCCGUUAUCGAAAGCAUUAUUUCUUACUUGGCGAUGCUGCUCAUAUACAUUCGCCUGUGGGUGGUCAAGGAAUGAAUACAGGCUUACAAGAUGCGCAUAAUCUGGCGUGGAAAUUAGCAUACGUAUUAACACACUCAGCGCAUGAUCGUUUGCUCGAUACGUAUCAUGAUGAACGAUUCAAAGUUGCCGAAAGUUUAGUCAACACUACAGAUCGAGCAUUUUCAUUUAUAAGCAGUCCAUAUUGGUUGACUCGAUUUUUCCGUCUUUAUAUAACACCGUAUAUUCUUCGAUUUCUCGUUCAACCGAUACUAAAUUCUUCUCAGACAUUACGACAAUAUUUGUUUCGUCGACUAUCCCAAACCGCUAUUACUUAUCGUUCGUCGAAAAUCUAUGACUAUGGUGCAUCAGCUGGACAGUUCCAUCGAACUACUCCGUUACCCGGUGAUCGUUUUCCUUACGUUAUUUUCGAACCAUGUUACUAUCAUUUUGUUAUUUUUGCAAAUCAACAACAAUCGACAAAAGUGAAACUGUUUAUUGACUUCGUCAAAGAAAAAUAUUCGAAGAUAGUUCGCAUUCACGAAGAAGAUCUUCCGGUUCAAUUUGAAGGUGCUAUUCUCGUACGUCCAGAUGGUUACAUUGCCUAUCGAACAACGAUCUUCGAUAUCAAUCAUUUUCAAGCUUAUUUUUCGCAAUAUUUCCUCUUUGAAAGCAUAUAA